AUGCCGUUCAUCAAUUCCUACCCUUCUGAUUGCUUCAACCAUAAUUCGGCCAAUUCACCUCGUACUGAAGAAGGCCACUUGUCACCUACUAUACAUAUUCAACGAGCCCAACCCGUCCUCGUAGUAUCCGUCUCGUCUUCUGUCAUACGUCAUCGCUCUUUCUCUUACGCCGCCGAAUCCCAAGCCCCAAUUUUUCUAAACGUUGAUUCGGGUGUUCCCUCACCUCGCGUCCUGCUCUACGUCAGCCGCCCUUCGCCGGAUACAAGCUUGAGCAUGGCGUACACACCCUUGGCUUCGCGUGUCACAUACCUCUCAUCUCCGUCCAUCACGGCUGCCGCGGAAGCUAACAUUUCAAAAGGCAUGAUCACACGAUUGAGCCCGCUACGUCGUAAACUCCGAAGCAUACCUACAUACACUAAACAAGUCAAUACAAUGGCUCCUCCAAGUGCCCCUAUAGUUAUGCUCGUGUUACUAGAGAUCCGAGUGCAUUCCUUGAUCGUGUAUACUUGUCUAUCGCAUGCUUCUUGUCUGAUACCCAUUUGCGACAGUGAAGCUGCCAUCCACGCCACUUCUGCCAGUCUCUUAGGGUCAACUUCUUCGUCCCCCAAUGCCAUUGCAUACCUCACGAAUGGUAUUACUUGCAAUCCCGCAGUUGAGAACGUUAGUUCCGUGCAGUUAGCAACCCCACUCUCCUCACCCUCACCCACUCUUCCGUAA